AUGGGCUCCACCUCGAAUCACAGCUAUUUCAGGAACGACACGGACUCCCCUGAAGAUCAGUCUUUUUCUUUGUUUGACAUCCAUAUUUUGGUGCCCGUGACUAUAAUUUCCAUCGUCCUGUUUUUCUUGGGAGUCUCUGGGAAUUUGAUAACGAUAGUCAUUUUCAGACGCUCGCAGGAGAUGAGGACGACACUGAACAUGUACCUGUCCAGCAUGGCACUGUCGGACACGCUGAUCUUCCUUGGCCUGCCUUCCGACCUCUACCGCCUUUGGAAGUACAAGCCCUACAUCUUUGGGGAUUUUCUCUGCAAGUUCUUCAUUUACAUGAGCGAAACGUGCACGUACUGCACCAUCUUGCACAUCACCACAGUGAGCGUGGAGAGAUACUUCGCCAUCUGCUUCCCCCUGCAAGCCAAAGCGACCAUCACCAAGUGCCGGGUGAAACGGGUCAUCUUGGCCCUGUGGGGCUGCUCCCUCCUGACCGCCGGCCCCAUCCUCUUCCUCUUCGGGGUGGAACACCCCAACGGGAGCCUGCCCCAGGAGAGCCGGGAGUGCAGGUCCAUGGAGCGCGUGGCCCGCACCGGGCUGCUCGAGACGAUGACCUGGGUCUCCACCGUUUAUUUCUUCCUGCCAGUGCUCUGCUUGACUCUGCUCUACGGACUCAUCUGCAGGAAGCGCUCGGGCGGAGCGGGCAGCGGCUGCCGGGCUGCCGGGCUGCUGAGGAAAAGGUGCCACGUGCAGACUGUCAAAAUGCUGGCCGCCGUAGUCUUGGCCUUCGUGCUGUGCUGGCUCCCAUUCCACGUCGGCCGAAUCCUCUUCGCCCAGAGUGACGUCAUCCUGUACGACCUCACGCAGUACUUCAACCUCAUCGCCAUGCUGCUCUUCUACCUCGGGGCCUCGAUAAACCCCAUACUUUACAACGUCAUGUCACGCCAAUACAGGAAAGCCAUGAGCAAAAUCCUGCGCCACGAGCGGACUCGAAACCGAGAUGAGCAGCGGCUGAAGGCAGGCCAGCUGCUUACUCUCAGCAGUCAGACGUCACACUUCCACCUGUGA